CGGAUGCAGGCACGCUCGGCGGUUAUAAAGCGCAGGGGGAAGGCGGGAGUGGGCGCAGUUUGAAUCGCGGCGGGUCGGGGCAGGUCGGUGCUGUCGCCCGGGACCCGUGUGAGCGAGGCGCUCUCUUGCUUUCUCUGCCCCUGCGCGGCGCUGCGGCCCGGUUCGCGAUGGCUGGUGGAAAAGCUGGGAAGGACUCCGGGAAGACCAAGACCAAAGCAGUGUCCCGUUCCCAGAGAGCCGGGUUGCAGUUCCCUGUUGGCCGCAUCCACAGGCACCUGAAGUCUAGGACUACCAGCCAUGGGCGUGUGGGAGCCACAGCUGCAGUGUAUAGUGCUGCAAUCCUGGAGUACUUGACAGCUGAGGUCCUUGAGCUGGCAGGAAAUGCAUCCAAAGACUUGAAGGUGAAACGUAUCACUCCCCGCCACUUGCAGCUUGCAAUUAGAGGAGAUGAAGAAUUGGACUCUCUCAUUAAGGCAACAAUUGCUGGUGGUGGUGUAAUACCACAUAUCCACAAGUCUCUGAUUGGAAAGAAAGGACAACAGAAAACUGUCUAAAGGAUACCCAGAUUUCUUGUUAUCUCAGGACUUGAAGUACUUACUUGUCCAGUGUUGGUGAUUCCAGUGGACUGUAUCUGUGAAACACGAUUUUGCCUUUUUGUAAUUUUGAGAAGAAAAAGCUCCCUCGAGCUUUCUAACAAACCAAAUUUCUGCAUUGAAGUCUUAACCAUAUUUAAGUGUUACCAUGGCUUCAAAGAAGCUAUUGUAUUUGCAGUGGGUUUUGAUUGAACUGACUGGUUUUAGAUUGGUUUAAGUAAAGGAAAUGUUUGGUUUUGUACAGACUUUUCAUCCACUAGAGUGGAAAUAUUCAAUAAAUGUUAUAUCAAGA